AUGAAUUCAAUAAAUUAUUAUAAUGUGCUUGGUUGUACUAAAGAAUCAACAGCUGAAGAUAUAAAACGUGCAUAUCAUGCAUUAGCUCUGAAAUUUCAUCCAGAUAAAAAUACAUCAGAAUUUGAUGGUAUGAAGUUUCAGCUUGUUUUAAAAGCAUGGCAUGUUUUACGUGACCCUAAAUUAAAAGAAGAAUAUGAUGCCAUACAAAAACAAGAAGAAUUAGAUUCUGAAAGUAUUUUGACAUAUGCAAAAAUAUCAGUGAGUGAAUUAGAAACAACAAAUGAUAAUGAAAAUAUAUUAAUUUAUCGAUGUAGAUGCGGAGGAUUAUAUUGCAUUCAAAAGGAAUAUAUUCAGGAAAAAAAUCAAUCAGUACAUGUACCUUGUUUGGAAUGUACAUUUUCUAUUAUUGUUGAAACAUGA